GCCUCCCGCCCGCCAUAUAGUGUAAUGAUGGGCGCAAGGCAGUUCUCUCGGACACAGUGGAUCACCGAUCAACCGAAAGAGCCGCGGAUCUGUCACGCUGACAGCUCAAGAGGAGAGCAGAGCCGGUAAUCGGCAUCCCUCAGAGGGGACAUGUGCUCUGAUCAUCAGGGCACUGAUGAUCAAUGUGCCCUGAUGAUCAGUGUAGUCCCAGCAGUGCCACCUGUCAGUGUCCAUCAGUGCCAGCUGUCAGUGCUCAUCCAUGCCACCUGCCAGUGCCCAUCAGUGCCACAUCAAUGUCACAUAUCAGUGCCUACCAGUGCACAUCAAUGCCACAUAUCAGUGCCCAUCUGAGCUGCCUUUCAGUGUCACCCAUCAGUG